GCUGCUCCGGGGCGGUGUCCGGCGUCACUGCCGCUUCCUCGGCGGGCGAUUCGAAGGCGAUGUCGGGAAGCGGGGCCGCUGCCGCUCCCUCGGCGGGCGGGCGGGACACGAUGGCGCUGUGUCGUGAGCUGGAGUCCUCGCAGUCGCUGCUGGAGCCGGGCGGCGGCCGGGCCGAGCAGCAGCAGGAGCAGCGAGAGCUGCAGGCGGGCGCAGCCCCCAUGCCCAUGGUGUUUAUGUGCGGCGGCUGCAGGCGGCCCGUGGGCGACACCACGAGCUGGGAGUUCAAUGACGAGGAGAGCGGCUGCAUCGUGCUGCGCAGUGCGGCCACCAGCGUCGCCGUGGACCCGGAGCGGAAGCUCUCGAUGCUCCCCGGCGAGUACGGAUGCUAUAUUCUAGGAACCGCAGAAAAACAAGCUGUUAUUCAUGAGGAGCCCCUUACUCUUGAAAGUCGAGCUAUAUUCCAAGAAGAGCUGCAAAAGGUAGAUAUGAUAAUCAGAGCUCUGGAGACAAAACUGAGCACUAUUGAGUCGCGUGUGGCUGCUCUGCACAGGCCGGUCUGAGAGGAAAUGCAGGUUGAGCUGCAGGACAAUGGCCAAGGGAACAGAUGAAGUUUGAAGAAACUUGGAGGAAUUUGUACGUGUGAAAACAAGCUGUUCUCUCUUCUCCAGAGCAAGGUGGUUGAUGUUAGUUGGCAAUAAAGGUUCUG